GACUGUCAACGUCAGUGCACCUGUCAUUUACACAACAAAUUCAAACGCAAUAGUUUCUUGAAAUGCACCCAAAAUAACUCAAAAAUGAGUUCAAUAUUAAAAUUUAUUCGUGAUAACCACAUAUUGGCUAUAAUAGAAUCAGCAGUAGUGAAAAAAAAGUCAAGACUCAGCCUCAAUGCGUUCGAUAUCACGGAAAUUCCAAGCCUUUUGUACACCUGUUACGAAGUCGAGCAUCUUUACCUGCAUAGAAACAAAAUAACAACAAUAUCAGUGGAAUUAACUCAAUUAUUAAACUUAACAACUCUUACGCUUGAUUAUAAUAACAUAAGUUCGUUGCCACCGGAGAUAGGAGGCUUGAAAAACUUGGUGAAUCUGAAUUUGAGUUACAAUCCUUUACAAGUGUUGAUACCGGAGAUUGGAGAAUUAGAGAACCUUGAGGCGUUCUGGUGCAACAGGAUAGGGCUCCGGGAGAUACCGAAGGAGAUCGGGAACCUCAGUAAGUUGGAUACGUUCGGGGCGCGAGGAAAUCAGCUCAAGACUAUACCAGAGGAAAUGACGAAACUGUCAAAAUUGAGAUGGCUGACCCUAGAACACAAUGAGAUCGAGACAUUACCCAACACCCUCGGAGGCCUGGAAGCCCUGGUGCACUGUAACCUGAGGCACAACAACCUUAGGGAUUUCCCGAUGUCGGUGCUGCAGUGUGGAGACCUCAUGUUCUUACAGCUGAAUAAUAAUCAGAUAUCCAGCUUACCGGAAGACUUUGAUAUCAACACCCUUCAAGUACUAGAGAUGAUAGACAUGAGAGACAAUCCCAUUUGUGAGCUUGAACAUCCUAAACACAUGCUUAUCCGCUACGCCGACGUUUCAACGCCCAGCUCUCUAAGCGAGAUAGCCUCAGCAUCAGGGUCAGGGCGCCACGCUGCCGCUCUGGCCAUCAACGCCACUGCCCUGCGCUUACCUGCUGUACCAGGCCCAAGAAGGCUUGAGAAUCACGCAUUCAUGGCCGAAAUGGAGCUGGACGCAUCAUCAGUAGACUCAUCUGAAGACUGGGAGAACAGCGUCAAUAGUUCAGAGUUGGACGUGCAAUAUCAGAGCGAUGAAGAACGCGCGGACAAUGAGAUCGCUCAAUUCUUCCAGGCUGUCGGCAUGGUGUUGCCAGAGUUAUCUCGCUACGCCUCCACUGCCAGCUAAGCUGGCGACACUGGGAAAGUAUGUUUCAGAUCGUGACCAUGGUUUAGCUAGAACUGUCUCGCUGCACGUCUCGAUGCGAGGGAAAUGACUGUACCUCAACAAGUACCAACUGUUUCAUUUUACUAUUGCACCUGAAAAUGCGUAACUUGACAUCUUUUAAAUCUGUCCUCUAAAUGUCAGCUCUAAGAUUUUGUUAAAGUUUUACUCCCAUAGUGCCGAUCUCUGGUGAUGAAUACGGUCUGCCAAAUGGUUUGUUCGAUAAUAUUGAAUCUUUGGUGCUGAAGUUUGGGCCAAACUUUAGAAAUGCUUCAACACUGGUGGCGCCGAAAUUGCACUGCCGUAUUCUAAGAUAUUUUUAAAUUAGUAUUUUUUUUUCAUGGCAUUGUCACAUAAAUCUGUCAGAAUUGUGUUAGGAUGAAAACCUAUUUCAAAUGGCGAAUUUUUGACAAUGACAGAAUUUUAAUUACCUACAUUUGGCCUAAAAAAUAAACCUUUUCGCGGAAUCAUAUGUAUAAACACUUUGACCGCCACAGUCGUUUGUAGCAGACAAACACACACAGUAAAAUAAAGAUUGAUACAUUGAUAUCAAAUUCAGUCAUAUAAAUUGUAACCAAGGGCGGAUCUAGGCCAGGCCUCGUAGCCGAAUGGCUCUAUCGCGCCAAUAGAGAUAUUAUCGUGAGCGUUUGUGCAUUCGGCUAUGCACACAGGGGUGCGUAGGAUGAAGUGGAUGAAGUAUGAACACCCUGGCCUGCGGGGCCUUGUCUGGCCGAGAGUUUGACAGUGUGACCCACCGAGAUAAAAACAAUCCGAAUUUGAUCAUGUAACUCCCUCUUCUCCCUCUUGUGAGUUGUGACUACAAAGUUGGAUCCGCCUUUGGUUGUCACUGUAAAAAAGUUUAAAUCCUGGAUUCCCUCUUCAUAUCUGUUUCUUCUACACAUACUCGCUUCGUUAAUUUUUUCGUUUUGAGUUAAACCGCGAGAGUAGUUUUAUUAUUUUGUUAUCGGUGCAGAUAAAUGCCAGAGUAGGUACUUAUAGUUAAGAUAUAGAAUUCAAAAUUAUUAAACUACUUAUCAAUAAAUUUUACUUGAAGUAACUUUGUUUAAAAAGUUACUUUAAAAGUUUUUAAAUUAACAUUUUAUCGGCUGUGAUAGAUUUUCUGGCAUAACCUGCACUGAAUUAACUUUUAAGUUUAUUGUAAAAAAAUGGA